UCGAAUCUCUACCAUUCCUUUUCUCCUUCAAUAUUAUUAAUUGACCAUAAUCCAUUAAUCUAAUAACCAUGGCCCCAAUAACACCACCACUACCCCUCCACCAAACAAACACCAACACUAAUAAUCUCCUUUCCGCCCGCGCCGACCCCGACUGCCCUAACACCAUCUCCGGCGGAGGCAUCGCAGGCAUCGUCCUCGGCACUAUCGCAGGCACCUUGCUCAUUCUAUGGCUAUGGCAUCUGUGUUCCCUACCAGGGUCUAGUUCAAGUGGGGAAUCGGAUUACGGUGAGGCGAACUUGGCUACCUCGACAACGCGGAGAAGAAGACGGCGCCAUAGUAGUCCCACAGUUUAUUAUCUCGAGAAGCAUCCGUCCGGGCAUGGUGGGGGGUCGUCGGUGAGGAGGCCGACGAAGGUGUAUCUUUCUUGAUUUUGUAUCAGUAGUGGAGUGGUUGGGUUGGAA